UAAGGGCAGCUCUGAAGUGUUCUAAGUAUCCAUUCACUGUCUCGCGCAUCUUUGUCUAGAACUCACCUCUUUUUAAUUUCAGUUCAGCCAUCUGGAAGAUCCUAACCAGCAACCAUGGUUGAUGAUGAGCUGACUGCCUUGGUCGUAGAUAAUGGAUCAGGAAUGUGCAAGGCAGGUUUUGGGGGUGACGAUGCCCCCCGUGCUGUGUUCCCCUCCAUGGUAGGGCGUCCACGACACCAGGGGGUCAUGGUGGGCAUGGGCCAGAAGGACUGUUAUGUGGGAGAUGAGGCCCAGAGCAAGCGAGGCAUCUUGACUCUGAAGUAUCCCAUUGAACACGGAGUCGUCACCAACUGGGAUGAUAUGGAGAAGAUCUGGUACCACACUUUCUACAAUGAGCUCCGUGUAGCACCGGAUGAGCAUCCUAUUCUUCUCACCGAGGCACCCCUCAACCCCAAAAUCAACCGGGAAAAGAUGACUCAGAUAAUGUUUGAGGCUUUCAACACACCUGCCAUGUAUGUGGCUAUCCAAGCCGUGCUAUCCCUCUAUGCUUCCGGAAGGACUACAGGUAUCGUGAUGGAUUCUGGGGAUGGGGUCACUCACACUGUGCCUAUCUAUGAAGGUUAUGCUCUGCCUCAUGCCAUUCUACGACUAGAUCUGGCAGGCAGAGACCUGACUGAUUACCUCAUGAAGAUCCUUACGGAACGAGGCUAUAACUUCACCACCACAGCAGAGAGGGAGAUCGUGCGGGAUGUCAAAGAAAAGCUAUGCUAUGUGGCCCUGGACUUUGAGCAGGAGAUGGUCACUGCCUCUGCUUCAUCCUCACUUGAGAGAAGCUAUGAGCUCCCUGAUGGGCAGGUGAUCACCAUUGGGAAUGAACGCUUUCGAUGCCCAGAAGCUAUUUUCCAGCCUUCCUUUCUAGGCAUUGAAUCCAGAGGAAUACAUGAAACAACGUUCAACUCUAUCAUGAAGUGUGAUGUAGAUAUUCGUAAGGAUUUAUAUGCCAACACUGUGCUGUCUGGAGGCAGUACCAUGUACCCAGGCAUUGCUGACAGAAUGCAGAAGGAAAUUGUAACAUUGGCACCAAGCACCAUGAAAAUUAAGAUCAUAGCUCCUCCAGAACGCAAGUAUUCAGUUUGGAUUGGGGGCUCCAUCCUCGCCAGCCUAUCCACAUUCCAGCAGAUGUGGAUCAGUAAGCAGGAAUAUGAUGAAGCUGGUCCUCCUGUUGUUCAUAGAAAAUGCUUCUAAAUGUGCUACCAUGUCCCUUUUCCUAGGUCAUAAUGAUGAUACCCCACCUCACCCAGGAAAAUUAAGGUAAACCAUUUACUUCUUAUUGAGUGUACAAGCCAGGAAAUCUGCAUCUCCAUCCAAGUAUCCAGGGUUAUGACACAGCUAACCACACUAUGAUUUUUAUCAGCUGAGGAAAUUCUAAUAUCAUAUUCUGUUUUCUACGCCUGUAGGGCUCAAAGAAAUGUGGGCUUGCUCACAUGAAAAUAUGUAACAAGGAGUAAGAUCCUGAGAAUAUAAUUUCAGGCUGAAUAACUACAACUUGCAAGCUUUAAAUCUAGCUCUUGCUAAAAUGGUCAACAACACUCUACAAAUCUGCAAUACAAAAGUUUAGCAACUAUGUUUUAUUAAUUCUCUGUAUUUACUUCUUUCUACAGAUAUAAUAAAUUAUACAGGUCAAUCAUCUAUAUCCACACAGGCAUCAGGAAAGUAAAAUAUUACAUUUUAAACCAUAAUAAUGUACUUGGCUGACUGAGCAGCUUAUGUGAAUGGUUUUAUUCUCUAGUCAACGUCUUAUCGGCUCUGUAUUUCAAGGAAUUGCCUUAUCGCAUAAGCAUAACUAAGUAGUUACCAUUCAAUUAGUGUAUAUAAAUCAAAUAAAUUUUCAAGUCAAGGUGGAGUUCUGUUGGUCAAGUACAUCUUAAUGACUUAGUUACUGGACUUCAUCAGACUCACAAAACAGCAAACCUACCUACAGAUGAUGCCUAACUGUUUACAUAGAAAGAUGUUGUUAUAUCGAGUUAAUUUUGUUCUGCCACAGGGUGACAAGAAUAAUUUUAUUUGUAUCUCUAAGCAUACUAAUUUGUCUUGAGUAAUAUCUGUUGGCCUUGAUUCUGAAUAUUCUUCAUAUGCAAGGAUGUUGUUAUGGGAAAUACAGCACCAGCAUCUUCGCGAGCAAUAAAUUGUAGUAGUUCAGUAACCUCAAGUGUGUUCUUGGAAAGAUUUCGUUGUAGUUCUUUAUUUUAUUACAUCCAAUGACUGGCAACACUUGUUUAUGCUUGUGUCUCUGAGAUGAUAGCUUCUCAAAAAACAUAUUAGUGUUUCUUCCUACAAUGUUUGAGGUGAUUUAAUGAACCCAGUGGUGAUUGAACAGCAAAUUUUUACUAUGACCACAUCUGUUUCCAUCUAUGCUGUGAUUUCUGAUUAUUUGGUUAUCAGGGUAAUUUGUGCUUUUCAUGUUUUUAAUCCAAAAUGUUAAGAUAUUUAUCUGAUUAUUUGUUUAUGAAGAUACUGUUAGAUACUGGAAGGGAGGAAUCUCUUCUCUUUCAUAUUAGUUUGGAAACUUCUUGUGUUUAAACAUGUGAAUUUGAAAUCUUUAACCAAUUUUGAUUAAGAUAGAACUUUCCAAAUAAUUUGAUUAUUCCUUAUUUCCUUUGUCAGUUGGUGUAAUCAUUUAAUCUGCAAAGGCACUUUCUCUUACAAAGCUUGCUUUUCAUUUAAUUUCAUUAAAGU